ACUACAUAGCAAUAUAGCAUAUUCCAUACUUCCAUGGAAAAAAUGCACAAGAGAAACUCCAUGGCUACUCCAUGAUUGCAAUCUCUCUUCUUCAUCUAUCACUAUGAAAUCACUGAUACCGAGUUACCGCCACGGCUCACUCAAUUCCUACACAAAUUUCAUGAUCACCCAUCUUACAUUUGGAGGAGAGACAGAAAUUUUAACCGGGAAAUGGAGGUGGGUUUUUGCAAGAAUAAUUUCCCGAGGAAGAAAUCGAGCUUCGAAGACUGAAUCUAUUGAAAAUUGAAGAAAAAUUCUUCAGUAUGAAUCCCCAAAUUCUUAUUCAGCUAUAUAAGUGACUGUGAAGCCGAACCUUAAUGCACGCCUUAAAACGUUUGAGCAUAACAGAAAGACCGAGAUUUUGUUGGAUCUGUAAAGGUACUAAAAAUGGCCUUGGCUCCAACAAUCAAUGUAGUUUUAGGAUCGAUUGCAUUUACGGUCUUUUGGGUAUUAGUCGUUUUCCCUGCUGUCCGUUUUUUACCCAUUGGAAGUGGCGCCGGAUCACUCCUAGGAGCUACGCUCAUGGUGAUAUUCGGUGUCAUUUCCCCACAGCAAGCAUAUGAUGCAAUUGAUCUUCCGAUACUUGGCCUUCUUUUCGGAACAAUGGUAGUUACCAUUUAUCUAGAAAGAGCCGAUUUGUUCAAAUACUUAGGUAAGUUGCUUGCAUGGAAAAGUAGAGGAGCCAAGGAUUUGAUAUUCCGAAUUUGCCUAAUAUCUGCGCUUUCUAGUGCUUUCUUCACAAAUGAUACUACUUGUGUCGUCUUAACUGAGUUUGUCUUAAAUGUUGCCAGGCAACACAAUCUUCCUCCGCAUCCGUUUUUACUCGCUCUUGCUUCUAGCGCGAAUAUUGGAUCUUCGGUAACACCCAUUGGGAACCCGCAAAAUCUAGUUAUAGCUGUCCAGAGUAAGAUCCCAUUUGGAAAGUUCUUAUUGGGUCUUCUCCCAGCUGUGCUCGUUGGUGUUUUUGUUAACACUUUGAUCAUAAUAGCCGCAUUUUGGAAGAUUUUACAAACUCCCAAGAAUGCGGAAUCUGUCGCUUCAGAAGGAGCACAUUCACAUCCUGUCAAGACUCCAAGUAAUGGCCUCAAUUCUGUGAAUAUUGAAAUCAAUAGUUUAGAGUCUUCGAGAAUAAUAGAUACGUCUAAAGAUGUGGUAGAUUUAGACGAAUCUUUUAACUUUCAGCAGAAGGAAGAAACCGAGUCUCUUGAGUCUUCCGAAAGAUUAGAUACAACAAAACAUUUGGUGAUCUAUCUAGACGAGCCUUUUCAGAAGGAAGAAACGAGAAUUCCUGAGCGAUUUGAGACCGGAAAAAAAGAGUUUACUACACAAUUGAAACUAUUCUUAGCUGGAAAGGAAGUUAGUGAAAAGUGGAAGCAUAUAAAUUGGAAGAUAUGUGUUUAUCUUAUUACUAUGGGCAUGCUAAUUGCUCUAGUCUUUGGUUUGAAUAUGUCAUGGACUGCGAUUACUGCUGCUUUAGCUCUUAUAGUUCUCGAUUUCAAGGAUGCUCGACCUUCAUUAGCGAAGGUCUCGUAUUCAAUUUUGAUAUUCUUCUGUGGAAUGUUCAUCACUGUUGAUGGAUUCAAUAGGACUGGCAUCCCUAGCAAACUAUGGGAGAUCAUGAAACCGUAUUCGCGUGUUGAUCAUGUUGGUGGAAUGGCAAUGCUCUCGCUUGUCAUUCUCGUCCUUUCCAACUUGGUAUCAAACGUUCCAACUGUAUUGUUGUUGGGAGGACAAGUAGCUGCAUCUGCAGCAGCAAGUUCACCAUCGGAAGAGAGAAAAGCAUGGUUGAUCUUAGCUUGGGUCAGCACGGUGGCUGGAAACUUGACGCUCCUUGGAUCGGCAGCCAACUUAAUUGUGUGCGAACAGGCUCGACAUUCCCCUCAUCUAGCCUACAAUCUCACGUUUUGGAGACACCUUAAAUUUGGAGUUCCAUCCACACUUAUCGUCAUUGCUAUUGGCUUGCUUUUGAUUCGAGGUUGAUUACAUAUUUCUUUUUCAAAAUCUAUGUUUUUAUAAGAAACUCUUUUACCGAUGAUUCGACUUCAAUGUUGUAGUUGUAUGAUUUGAAUUGAUUGGAGUGUGCUUUAGAAUGGUUGAGUAAAAAGAAAUGUAAAUAGCAAUGGUAUCGUCUCUCAAUAAUAUCAAUUUUCUUGAAUUAGUUGUAUAUUCUUAAA